AUGUCUGAUUAUGAUAUAGCACCCAACGAUCAAGACACUCGAACCAAAGGCUACAGAAAGUAUGAUAUUCAUGAAGGGAUUAUUUUUUGCAUAGAGCUCUCGGAAAGUAUGUUCAGCGAGCUUGAAGAGCUAAAUUACAAGGUCCAGUUGGUGGAGAUUCUGGAGACGCUCGAUCAGCUCAUGAGUCAACUUGUGAUAACAAGACCAAGUACCGGGAUUGGUUGCUACUUCUAUAAUUGUGCCCGAAGCGGUACAAAAGAUGGUAUUUUUAGUUUGUUCUCUCUAAGGGAUAUCAACGCUCGAAAUAUGAAGAAACUUAGCGAUCUGCUAGAGGAUCUGCAGUAUGGAAGAACAUCACUUCGUCAGUUCUUUUCAUUUGAUAUUCAAAAGAGGACGCCGCUAGAAUCGCUUCUUGAGCUGGUCAGAGAUGAGUUCGUUCGAGAUAUCCCCGAUCAGAAAGCUUUCAACAAUAAGAAGAUCUUCCUAUUCACCGAUAAUGACUCCCCACCAGAAGCGUCGGAUCCCGCAGCCAAGUCAAGAUUGAGAUACCUAGUUAAUGAUCUAGACGAUAGGUUCAUCAAUUUCACAACUUUUUUCAUUGGAAGUGAGACAAGACCAUUUGACAACAGUUUUUACUCUGAUAUUCUUCGGCUUGGUGCGUCUACCAAGGCCAACACCGAGUAUGACGGUCCCAACACAACGCCAAUUUCAGCAACUUUCAUCAAGUCACGAGUGCUCAGAAAGCAAGAGAUCAAAAGGAUUAUGUUUCAAUGUCCUCUAAUUCUUGAUGAACCUUCGAAGCUCAUAGUGGGCGCGAAAGGGUAUACAAUCAUAAGUCAUGAAAAAUCUGGCGUCAGGUACAAGCUAGUGUAUGAGAAUGAGGAGGUCAGACAGGAAGCUUCCUCUCAUAGGAAAUAUUUGAAUGCUAAGACAGGAGAGGAAACCAAAGAAGGCCUCACAAAGGUGUUCCCUUACGGCGACUUAGAAAUAAACCUUUCCGAUAAAGAAUUUAACGAGAUGAAGAAAGAUUAUGCGGAAGAUGAAUCAUUUUUGAAGGUAAUAGGAUUUAAGACAACCGAGAGCUCCUUGCAUUAUUACAACAACAUCGAAAAGGCCGUCUUUGUGGUACCUGACGAGACGAGAUACGAGGGCUCCAUCAAGACUUUGUCAUUCCUAUUUAUCAAUUUAAAAAGGAAGGGAAAAGUAGCCAUCGUUUGGGGAAAGCUUAAAUCAAACUCUAAUCCUGCUAUAUUCAUUCUCUCGCCAUCCGAUGAUCUCAGUCCCAAUGAGGGAUUUUACUUGUUUCGAGUUCCAUUCUUAGAUGAGUUGAGAAGAUUUCCGCACGUUUUAGGCAACCCCAGUAUCCUGUCAGAUGAUUAUGAAAACCUCAAAGAGGUGACGGCUAAGAUUGUUGGAUAUUUCAACUUAAAGACUGGUUACGAGCCGUCUGAGUUCAAGAAUCCUUCGUUACAAAAGUAUUUUAAGGUACUGCAUGACUAUCUUCUGCAAGUGGAGGAGGAGCCCGAGAAAGAUGACGAAGAAUGGCACAAACUGAAAAUGCUUGAAGAAGAUGAUUCGUUGCGUAAGAUUUCACAGAUUCGUGAUAAAAUUAUGGAAUCAAAUGCCUCUGACGAUCCCCAAAUGCAAAGGCUAAGCAAAUAUAUGAAAAUAUGGAAUAGCCUCUAUCACAGAAUUUAUGAACAAUGCACGGUUGAAGACGCUCCGAAGAUUAAAAGGAAGAAAACCAUUAAUCUAUGA